AUGGCUAAGCGGUUGAGGUAUUUGGGGUUGGGGACGUGGGAGUUUUUGGUGAAUUCGGACAAGAGGCUUUUCUACUUUUUGGAGAUCAAUCCGAGGUUGCAGGUUGAGCAUACGAUCUCGGAGUGUAUUGCCGGGGUUGAUCUAGUGAGGGAGCAGUUGUUGAUUGCGCAGGGGCGGCAAGUGGAGAGUUUGAGGUUCGGAGAGUGGUGGGAAGCAGAAGACGCGCCGAAGAUGGCAUCGAUUCAGCUCAGGCUGUGUGCCGAAGACCCAAGCAAUGGGUUUGCGUUGAGUAUUGGAAAGGUGACUGAUGUGCGACUGCCGAGUGGCAAUGGUAUCAGGGUUGAUUCUCACCUAUCUCGUGGCGGUGUGGUGGGCUCUGACUUUGACAAUAUGAUGGCAAAGAUCAUCGUUACUGCUGCGACGUUUCAGGAAGCAGUGACCAGGGCCAGAAGAGCGCUCGCUGAAACGGAGAUCGUCGGAGUGAAGACGAAUAUCGACCUGCUGCGUGCGGUUGUGGCCGACCAGGACUUCGAGGCAGGGCUAGCUACAACCAAUUGGUUGGAGAAGAAGAUGGAAGUGCUGAUGCAGAAGGGCGAUGCAUUGGGUAAGCAGGUUGAGAUGGCUAACAGUGCCCUGCCUGCACUCUCGCUGGCCUCUGGUGGGUCAAGCGGUAUGGGAUCGUCGUUAGUCAUGCUUCGCAAGGGCGAUGCAUGGGACGUCAAGCUACAGAAGGUCGAAGAGAAGACAAGCACUACACCUGCAGCCCAUCACCUUCGGAUCGAGAAGAUCUCCAGAAACGAGUUUCCAGAAGCUCUGGUGGCGGAAGUCUCGUUUACCUCGCCAGGGUCCAAGCCUCAAGGAUAUCGCAUGAUGGUUAAUAGUACAUCUGCGUCAGCAAGCGCAGCAUCUUCGAGCCAUCGUCGCGGCGAUCCGAACAACAAAGCGCAUGUCACGUUGCCAAUGAGUGGCAAAUUGAUAGAGGUACUUGUCGAGGAAGGUGAUGAGAUCAAGGAGAACCAAGUCAUUGGCUUCGUCAAGCAAAUGAAGAUGGAGCUGGAGAUCCGAAGUCCUCGUGCUGGACGUGUGGCUUGGGCAAUUGAGCUGGAGAGUGAAGAUGGCGAUGAUGUGGCUGAAGGCGUCCUCCUGGCGGAGCUGAUACCCGAGGAGGCGGAUGCUCAGCUUCGCAGUAGACUAUAG